UUCUGAUUCUUGCCCCGAAACACUCUUCACAAUGGAUAAUGAUAGCGACGAUGAAAGAAGUGAUGUAGAUCUGACCGGAUUCCUGUUCGGGAACAUAGAUUCGGCUGGUCGUUUAGAGGACGACAUAUUCGAUUCGGAAGUAAAAAAGCAACUUGGCUCGUUGUCGAGAUUGGGUCUAAACGCUUUGCUCGAUGAAGUAAUACAAACCAACGAGGAAGACGAUGAAGAAAGGAAUGGCAAUGAGGAGGACAGCGACGAUAGCCAGAAGUCUGACGACUUUGCAAAGAAGGACGACGACGCUGUGGAUUAUUCUGACAUAAAUGAAUUAGCAGAAGAUUGUCCUGUAAUUAAAACUGAAUGCGACAUUGAAGAUGAAAUACCGGCAAGUACGGUCAGUAUUGACUCCAAAGACGGAAUUGUAACCACGGUUAAAACGGAAAGUGGCGAUGGUGACAAUAAAAGAGACGACAAGGAAUUGAUGCCACCGCCGAGUUUGCCUCUGAGGAGUUCCAGUCAAGAGUCAAUUAAAGGAGGAAGUGAUGGAGAUUUAGACAUAAAGCAAGAAAAAGGUGAUGGAACAGGUGAGAAAAAAUUGGAGACGCCAUUAGCUGCCAUGCUCCCAUCAAAAUAUGCCAACGUUGAUGUUCGCGAGCUAUUUCCUGACUUUCGUCCCGAUGCAGUCUUACGAUUUUCACGGUUAUUCGGCCCUGGAAAACCAUCAAGUCUUCCACAAAUUUGGCGGAGCGUUCGUAAACGUCGACGAAAGAGAAAGCAAUCCAGAGACCAAAGAGGAAAUACCGGUUCCGAUUCGCCUAGCGAUUCAGAAGAACCGCGCAGAUCAAAAGGGUACGUAUUCAAUUAUGGACCGGAUCCCCCAAAAGAACUUUGUCGGUCCGACGACGAAGAAAAGCUUCUUAGUAACGUAACGGAUGAAGAACAGCAAAAAGAACCAGAGAAUGGAGACAAUAAUGAUAAUAAGCCUAAAGUUGCAGACUGGCGUUUCGGUCCGGCACAAAUCUGGUACGAUAUGCUAGAUGUUCCUGAGUCUGGUGAGGGGUUCAAUUACGGCUUCAAAUUUAAGGAGAAAAAUCAACCUGCCGAAGAAAUCGUGAUAAAUGGCGAACAAAUUCCGGAUGAUGCGUAUCUUAUGGUGUCGCAGCUUCAUUGGGAAGAUGAUGUAGUAUGGGAUGGAAACGAUAUUAAAGCCAAGGUAAUGCAAAAGCUCAAUUCGAAAACAAACGCAGCCGGAUGGUUACCAUCAAGUGGUUCCCGAACAGCAGGAGCUUUCAGUCAACCGGGUAAGGGGAUGCCAAUAACAAAUACUCCUGGAUCUAAAAAUGCAUUACCAAAUCCCCCCUUGCCAGGAAAAAUGUCGAAAAAUCAAAUGAACAUACCCAAACAAGAGGAACACGAUGACACUUGGUAUAGUAUUUUCCCAGUUGAAAAUGAAGAACUGAUUUACAGUAAGUGGGAAGACGAGAUAAUUUGGGAUGCUGAAUCAAUGGUUAAAGUUCCACGCCCUAAAGUCUUAACUCUCGAUCCCAAUGAUGAGAACAUAAUAUUGGGUAUCCCAGAUGAUAUAGAUCCGUCAAAAGUUAAUAAGAAUACUGGACCUCCGCCAAAAGUGAAAAUUCCCCAUCCUCACGUGAAAAAAUCAAAAAUUCUCUUAGGAAAAGCUGGAGUGAUCAAUGUUUUAGCCGAAGAUACUCCCCCACCGCCGCCGAAAAGUCCAGAUCGUGAUCCGUUCAAUAUUUCAAAUGAUGUGUUCUAUCAAGCGAAGUCGUCUGAAACUACGCUCCGAAUGAAAGUUGGUGGUGGAAAUCUUAUACAACACUCAACGCCAGUGGUAGAGUUGCGUGCACCAUUUAUCCCGACGCACAUGGGACCAAUGAAACUCAGACUUUUCCAUCGUCCUCCAAUGAAAAAAUAUUCGCACGGCCCUUUGGCUCAACCGACACCGCAUCCAGUACUACCGCUAGCGAAAAAUAUUUCAAGAAAAGCUAAACAAAGAGAACUGGAAAGGAUCGCGUCUGGUGGUGGGGAUGUGUUCUUCAUGCGCAACCCAGAAGACUUGUCCGGUAAAGAUGGUGAUAUCAUCCUAUGCGAAUUUUGCGAAGAACAUCCUCCAUUAAUGAACCAGGUCGGAAUGUGUUCAAAAAUCAAAAACUACUACAAACGGAAGGCGGCUAAGGAUUCUGGUCCACCUGAGUUUAAAUAUGGUGAAACCGCUUAUGCUCAUACAAGUCCAUUUUUGGGAAUUCUACAUCCUGGACAAUGCAUACAGGCAUUAGAAAAUAAUAUGUAUCGGGCACCCAUCUAUCCACACAACAUUCAGUCAUCAGAUUUCUUAUUAAUCCGAACUCGUAACAACUACUUUAUCAGAGAAUUUAACGCCCUGUUUACAGUUGGACAAGAAUGCCCGCUCUAUGAAGUUCCUGGUCCAAAUUCAAAAAGGGCAAAUAACUUCGCACGUGACUUUCUACAGGUGUUUAUCUAUCGAUUGUUCUGGAAAAGUCGUGAUAAUCCGCGAAGAAUAAAAAUGGAUGAUAUUAAAAAAGCUUUUCCGGCACAUUCGGAAAGUAGUAUCCGAAAGCGUUUGAAACAAUGUGCCGACUUCAAGAGAACGGGAAUGGACUCGAACUGGUGGGUUAUUAAGCCGGAAUUCCGAUUGCCAUCUGAAGAAGAAAUUCGAGCUAUGGUCUCCCCGGAACAGUGCUGCGCUUUCUUCAGUAUGAUCGCUGCAGAACAAAGAUUAAAGGAUGCUGGAUACGGCGAAAAAUUCAUCUUCGCACAACAAGAAGACGACGAUGAGGAAAUGCAACUGAAAAUGGAUGAUGAAGUUAAGGUAGCACCAUGGAACACAACAAGGGCAUACAUCCAAGCCAUGCGAGGAAAAUGUUUACUACAAUUGACCGGCCCUGCAGAUCCAACGGGCUGUGGUGAAGGGUUCUCAUAUGUUCGCGUUCCUAAUAAACCAACACAAACGAAAGAAGAGCAAGAAAAGGAACCAAAACGAACAGUAACAGGUACAGACGCGGAUUUGCGACGUUUGCCUCUGAACAAAGCAAAGGAGUUACUUCGCAAAUUCAAAGUUCCAGAAGAAGAAAUCAAGAAACUUUCGCGGUGGGAAGUUAUUGACGUUGUCCGAACACUGUCCACAGAAAAGGCAAAAGCUGGUGAACAGGGAAUGGAUAAAUUCUCCCGUGGCAACCGUUUCUCCAUAGCUGAACAUCAAGAACGUUACAAAGAAGAAUGCCAACGAAUUUUCGAUUUACAAAAUCGAGUUCUUGCUAGCUCAGAAGUACUUUCAACAGAUGAGGAUGAAUCCUCUGCAUCAGAAGAAUCUGAUCUGGAAGAACUGGGAAAAAAUCUUGAAAACAUGUUAGCAAAUAAAAAAACAUCAACACAAUUAGAGCUAGAGCGAGAAGAACAGGAAAGGCAAGAACUGUUGAAAAAAAUGAUGGAAGAACGUGAAGGUGGCCACUCUGCAUCGUCGAAAAAUCUCAAGCAAAAGAAAGAGGAGGAAGCACAAGCAGCAAGCAAUAUACAAAAUCAAAAUCAAGGUAGAAUACUAAAAAUAACAAGAACAUUUAAAAAUGCCGAAGGUCGAGAAUACACUCGUGUAGAAAUUGUUCGUCGACAACCAGUUAUAGAUGCGUACGUGAAAAUACGCACAACAAAGGAUGAAGCGUUCAUUCGGCAAUUCGCGACGCUCGAUGAGCAACAGAAGGAGGAGAUGAAACGUGAGAAACGGCGUAUUCAAGAACAAUUGAGACGAAUCAAGCGCAAUCAAGAACGCGAUAUGUUGGCACAAAUGCAGAAAAAUCAACAAUUAACACCUGGUGGACCGCCAACCAGCUUGGGAGACCCGAAAAGUAGCUCUUCUCAUACACCAGGUACUCCUGGAACACCCUCUACUAGUAAAGAUGUCAGUCCUUCACGAAGGAAGAUGAAAUUAAAACCAGAUCUGAAACUGAAAUGUGGUGCUUGCGGACAGGUCGGUCACAUGCGUACCAACAAAGCUUGUCCUCUGUACACUGGAACCCCGGGACCAUCACCUUCUGUUAAUGUUGCUUUAACUGAAGAACAAGAAGAGGAAAUCGAGAAGGAAUUGAACUGCGAUGAUGAAGACCUAGUGAAUGUCGACGGAACGAAAGUUAAGCUUAGUGGCAAACUCCUAAAACGCCAUGAAGAUGUUAAACGGCGAACAUUACUAUUAAAAGUACCUAAAGAUGCUGUAGGUCGGAAGAAGCGAAGAAUUGGAAUGGAUGUGCAUUGUGAUUACCUUAAGCGUCACAAUAAGACAGCAAAUCGUCGUCGCACAGAUCCAGUAGUUGUACUGUCUUCUAUUUUAGAACAGAUUUUGAAUGAAUUGCGGGAUAUGCAGGAUGUUCAGCCAUUCAUGUUUCCAGUCAAUGCAAAGAAAGUGCCAGAUUACUAUCGAAUUGUCACAAGGCCAAUGGAUUUACAAACAAUUCGAGAAAAUUUACGACAGAAGAAAUAUCAGAGUCGUGAAGAGUUUUUGGCUGAUGUUAAUCAAAUAGUUGAGAACUCUACGGUCUACAAUGGAGCAAAAAGCUCAUUCACGUCAGCUGCUCAGAGGAUGCUUCAAAAAUGCGUGGAACGAUUAGCUGAAAAGGAAGAUCGUCUCAUGCGGCUAGAGAAGGCAAUAAAUCCAUUAUUGGAUGACGAUGAUCAGGUUGCAUUAUCAUUUAUAUUUAAGAAACUUUUGAACAAUAAAUUGAAAACAAUGCAUGAGAGCUGGCCAUUUUUGAAACCAGUGAAUAAGAAGCAAGUGAAGGAUUACUACACAAUAAUAAAAAAACCAAUCGACUUAGAUACCAUCACGAAAAAAGUAGCAGCACAUAAAUAUCACUCUCGAGCUGAAUUCCUAGCAGAUAUUGAGUUAAUUGCAACAAACUGUGAACAAUACAACGGUGCUGAGUCCAAUUUCACACAAAACGCCAAGGUUCUAUUACAUGAAGCCAAAAGUGCUCUAGCUGAGUUUGCCGAUCAUUGUGCUCAAUUGGAACAAAAUAUAAGUCGAGUACAAGAGCGAGCAAGGGCAGAUGUUGAUCUAGACGUUACUUGGGAUCAUGACGAGCAAGAUUUUGAAACAUCGAGAACAAGUCGAGCAUCGACUCCAGAAAAUGAAUUUGUUGAUGUAGAGAAUGAGCGUCCGCCUUCGGCAGCAUCUCAAACUUCUCAGAAAGCGACCCUAGGUCCACCUAUAAUACCACCAAUGCCAGAAGUGAAACGUGGCCGUGGUAGACCUCGUAAACGACGUUAUCCUGUGGAAGAAGUCAAGGUAUGGAGCAUGAAGCGUGGUCGUGGUCGUCCCAGAAAGGACAGCCUAGCCUCAAAUCUUAGUAACACGCAAAAUUCUUUCCUGGAGGAAGAUCUUCAGUUCUCAACGGAUGACGAGGAAUUUGAAGAGGUCAUAAGUGAAAAUGAUGAAAGUGUUGCGGCUACAUUAGACCAAGGCGAAGGAUUAUCAAGAGGUGCAACUUCUGAAGUGGCGGGACCAUCACAAGCAGGACCCCAUGGCGAGGAUGAUAGCCAACAGGCAGCGGAAGCCAUGGUUCAAUUAAGUGGAGUAGGAUUUUAUACACAACCACAAGACGAAUCGAAUGAUGUCGACCCGAAUUACGAUCCAUCAGAUUUCCUUGGCAUGUCGAAGCCCAAGGAUGAAUUCCAGCCAGCUCCACCAACUAUAUCGAGUGAUAUGCUUGAUCCAGAAAUGAAAUCAACUAGUAUCGAUUAUUCACAGCCAGUUGCAAAUACUUUAUUGGAUGAGCAGCCAAUGGGUGAUCAAAUUGGCAGACAUGCCAUUCAUGAUGAUCUCGCAAUAUCAGAUAGUGAUGAAGAAGAAAAUAAGUUUGUCAUGGAGGCAGAUAAGAAUGAAAACGAUGGAGAUAAUGAUGACGGUGGUCUUUGGUUUUAAGAGGGGUAAAACAAUAUUCUUUUUUACGUAUAUUAUGUUUAUAUUCAGAGAUAUAAUAAAUAAAAAUAUUUAGUAAGAAGACA